GAAGAGACACUUCGCGCCGUGGACGACCUCUAUAAAGAGGGAAAGUUUGAGCGGUUUGGGAUCGGUAAUUACGUUACAGUGUGGGAAGUCGCAGAGAUAGUGACCGUCUGUUGUCAGAAUGGUUGGAUUCAGCCUACUGUGUGUCAGGGGAUUCAUAAUGCUGUUCAUCGGGUAAGUCUUAGUGUACGUCGCGAAUAG